UUUCCUUUUAUUUUAUUAUUUCAUCAACUUCUCAUACUUACAUUAAAAAAAAAAAAAGAUGGGAACGAAUAAUUCAAAAAUCAAUCAUGCAAAAAGAAAGUCUACCGAUAACAAUUAUCAAAUUAUAAGCACGGAACAAUUAUCAGCUAAAACUUCAGAUGAGUUUAACACAAAAAAAUUUAAAUAUAUAGAAGGAAGGCGAUUCCAUAAUUGGCCUGACGUACAUUAUGAUCUUCCAAAUGAUGAAACUGAAAUCGAUCGCUUGCAUUUAGAACAUUUUUUGUUACGGGACGUAUGGCAAUCAAAUUUUUCUUCCCCAAUACACGAACAAUUGGUAUCCGGAUGUAACGUACUAGACGUUGGAUGCGGUCCAGGCGCUUGGUGUUUAGAUAUGGCAACAACUUAUAAAAAUUCCAAAUUUUAUGGAUUAGAUAUUUCACCUAUUUUUCCUUCAGAAAUCAAACCAAAGAAUACAAUAUUUCAAGAAUGUCAAAUACUUGAUGGUAUUCCUCAUAAAGAUCAAACAUUUGAUUUUUGUCAUAUGAGAUUCAUGUUCCCUAGUUUUGAUGAAAAUCAAUGGAGAACAUAUGUAAUAAAAGAAGUUGGUAGAGUUUUAAAACCUGGAGGGUACCUUGAAAUUGCAGAAUAUAAAUUAUGUGAAAAUUGUGGACCUAUUUUGAAAAGAUUAUUAGAUCUAAGAUGCGAGAUGAUGUCGAAUAUAGGACGUAAUCCAAACAUUGCAUCACUUCUCGGUGAUUUUAUGAGAGAUACAGAUCUAUUUGAAGAUAUUAUUUAUGAGGAAAAAAUAAUAGAAACAGGGAGUUGGGGAGGAAAAUUAGGAGAAGUUGCGAAAGAUGAUAUAUUUACAAGAAUGCAUGCUAUAAAACCCGCGUUAAUGAAUCAUAUAAAAUGUAGUGGAUUGGGAAUAACAUCAGAAGAUUAUGAUGAAAUGAUGAAUCAAUGUAUAGAUGAAUUUAACGAAUAUAAAACAUAUUUUGUUACAUGUAGAUGGUAUGGAAAGAAAUUAUAGACAUAAUAAUAAUAAUUAUAAUUUAUGAUCAAAGACUGUAAAAUAAUAAUAUAUGAGAUACCGGAGAUAGAACAAUAAAUUUAUAAAUAUGAUAACUGAAUUAUAU